AUGCCAAAAUGCGAAACACAUUUCGGGUUCAAGUUGCUGCUGAUGGUGAUUGUUGCCGCUGUAAAUGCCACUGCUUUUGCUGCUGCUGCUGAUGUUUUCGAACUUAUCAACACGCCGAUCACCUGCGACAGUUUCCGCUCUGCCUCAGAAACAUGUAGUCACCCAUUGGGACAGGACCUAAUUGCCCCGCACCCAGUUACAUCUGCAGCUAGUCGAGUUCCAUUCCCACAACCACCGAACCAUCGAACCCUCUCAACCCAUCAACCCAAACCAAGCACAAUCGCAAACGCAAACCCAAAACCCCCGCUCAAGGUGAGCAGUGUAAAAACUUCCUGUGCACUCAUUUAG